AUGCAGGACAGGGGACCUGAGGUCCAGGAUGAGGGUCCUGAGGACCAGGAGGACGACAUCGUCAUGUUUGUGAAGGACGAGCUGAAGAAGAUCCUGAAGGUUCUGAGUCCAGAUUACCCAGAAUCCUCAGAGAGUCUGGGGGAGGAUGGAGAUGAAGAGCAGAAGAGCAUCAGAGAGACAUUCAUGAAGGUCACAGUGAAGUUCUUGAGGAGGAGGAAGCAGGAGAAGCUGGCCGACCUCCUGCAGAGCAAGACCGUCGCUGCCGUUUGUCAAUCCAAACUCAAAGUUCAGCUGCAGAAGAAGCACAAGCAUUUGUCUGAGGGAAUCAUUAAAGCAGGAAAUAAAACCCUUCUGGAGCAGAUCUACACGGAGCUCUACAUCACAGAGGGAGGGACCGGAGAGGUCAACAAUGAACAUGAAGUCAGACAGAUUGAAGCAGCUUCCAGGAAACCAGACGGAGCAGAAACAGCCGUCAGACAGGAAGACAUCUUUAAACCCCCACCUGGAAGAGGAGGACCAGUCAGAACGGUGAUGACGAAGGGAGUGGCCGGCAUUGGGAAAACAGUCCUAACACAGAAGUUCAGUCUGGACUGGGCUGAAGGCAGAACCAACAAGGACAUCCAGUUCCUGCUUCCAUUCACCUUCAGACAGCUGAAUGUGCUGAGAGAGGAGAAGUUCAGCUUGGUGGAACUAGUUCAUCACUUCUUCUCUGAAACCAAAGGAUUCUGCAGCUUUGAAGACUUCCAGGUCGUGUUCAUCUUUGACGGUCUGGAUGAGAGUCGACCUCCUCUGGACUUCCACAACUCUACAUUCCUCAGUGACCCCAGAAGGUCCACCUCAGUGGACGUGCUGCUGACAAACCUCAUCAGGGGGAACCUGCUUCCUUCUGCUCGUGUCUGGAUCACCACACGACCCGCAGCAGCCAAUCAGAUCCCUCCUGAGUGUGUCUCCAUGGUGACGGAGGUCAGAGGGUUCACUGACCCACAGAAAGAGGAAUACUUCAGGAAGAGGUUCAGAGAUAAGAAACAGACCAGGAGGAUCAUCUCCCACAUCAAGACAUCACGGAGCCUCCACAUCAUGUGCCACAUCCCAGUGUUCUGCUGGAUCACUGCUACGGUCCUGGAGAACGUCCUGGAGAACGUCCUGGAAACCAGAGAGGGAGGGGGGCUGCCCAAGACCCUGACUGAGAUGUACAUCCACUUCCUGGUGGUCCAGGCCAAACUGAAGAAGGUCAAGUAUGACGGAGGAGCUGAGACGGAUCCACACUGGAGUCCAAAGAGCAGGAAGAUGAUCAAGUCUCUGGGAAAACUGGCUUUUGAGCAGCUGCAGAAAGGAAACCUGAUCUUCUAUGAAUCAGACCUGAGAGAGUGUGGCAUCAAUGUCAGAGCGGCUUCAGUGUACUCAGGAGUGUUCACCCAGAUCUUUAGAGAGGAGAGCGACCUGUACCAGGACCAGGUCUUCUGCUUCAUCCAUCUGAGUGUUCAGGAGUUUCUGGCUGCUCUUCAUUUCCAUCAGACCUUCAUCAAGUCUGGAGUCAACCUGCUGCAAGAACAAAAUAACAUCUUCUGGUGGUUUAAAACAAGAGCCAUGACUAAGCUCCAUCAGACAGCUGUGGACAAGGCCUUACAGAGUCCCAACGGACACCUGGACUUGUUCCUCCGCUUCCUCCUGGGUCUUUCACUGGAGACCAAUCAGAACCUCCUUCGAGGUCUGAUGACAUCAAACCAAAGAAGUUCACAGAACAAUCAGGAAACAGUUGAAUACAUCAAGAAGAAGAUCAGUGAGGAUCUGUCUGCAGAGAGAAGCAUCAACCUGUUCCACUGUCUGAAUGAACUGAACGAUCGGUCUCUGGUGAAGGAGGUCCAACAGUCCCUGAGGUCAGGACGUCUCUCCACAGAUAAACUGUCUCCUGCUCAGUGGUCAGCUCUGGCCUUCAUCUUACUUUCAUCAAAAAAGGAUCUGGAAGUGUUUGACUUGAAGAAGUUCUCAGCUUCAGAGGAGACUCUACGGAGGCUGCUGCCGGUGGUCAAAGCCUCCAAGAAAGUUCUACUGAGUGACUGUCACCUCUCAGAGGACAUCUGUCCACUUCUGUCCUCAGUUCUCAGCUCUCAGUCCUCCAGUCUGACAGAACUGGACCUGAGCAACAACGACCUGCAGGAUUCUGGACUGGAGCAGCUGUGUCCUGGACUGGAGAGUCCACACUGUCACCUGGAGUCUCUCAGACUGAAUGGCUGUCACCUCUCAGGGAACAUCUGUCCACUUCUGUCCUCAGUUCUCAGCUCUCAGUCCUCCAGUCUGACAGAACUGGACCUGAGCAACAACGACCUGCAGGAUUCUGGACUGAAGCAGCUGUGUCCUGGACUGGAGAGUCCACACUGUCACCUGGAGUCUCUCAGGCUGUCAGGCUGUCUGAUCUCAGAGGAAGGAAGUUCUUCUCUGGUCUCAGCUCUGACCUCCAACCCCUCCCACCUGAGAGAGCUGGACCUGAGCUACAACCAUCCAGGAGAGUCAGCAGGGAAGCUUCUGUCUAGACUGGAGGAUCCCCGCUGGAGACUGGACACUCUCAGGGUGGAGCCUGCUGGACAACGAUGGCUGACACCAGGUCUGAGGAAGUAUUCCUGUCGACUCACCGUCGACACAAACACAAUCCACAACAACAUCAAACUGUUUGACAACAACAGGAAGAUGAUGUAUGUGUUGGAGGAUCAGUCAUAUCCUGAUCAUCCAGACAGGUUUGAUGAUCAUCGUCAGCUGCUGUGUAGAGAAGUUCUGACGGGUCGCUGUUACUGGGAGGUCCAGUGGAGCAGAGAGGUUUCUGUAUCAGUGAGUUACAGAAGAAUCAGCAGGAAAGGACGCUCUAAUGACUGCAGGUUUGGAGGAAACAAUCAUUCCUGGAGUCUGAACUGUUCUCCAGGUGAUCAGUACCAAGUUUCGCACAAUAACAGAGACACAUCCAUCACCUCCUCACGUCCUAGCAGAGCAGCAGUUUACGUGGACGUUCCUGCUGGAACUCUGUCCUUCUAUGAAGUCGUCUCUGACAGAAGGAUCCACCUCCACACCUUCAACACCAGCUUCACUGGACCUCUCUGUGCUGGAUUUGGACUCUGGUCCUGGCCCAGGUCUGGGUUUACGUCCUGUCCUGGAUCCUCAGUGUCUCUGUGUCCAGUUUAG